UCGUCCCCCUUCAUCAUUGGUUCUUGAUUUUCAGUGUUGCACCGUCAAACCUUACUCUGCUGAUGCCUCACAAUCUGCUGUCUAUCCAUAUCGAAAACCCCCUUGUCGUUGUGUUGAAAUCCUUUGCACCACCAUUAUAGCUUUGUUUCUUUCUCAAAUUCAAACCGAUAUAGAAACCAUUCUCAAGUUUUUUGCCGCUGAAAUUGAAGAGGGAAACAGAGGCUUAAGGAAGAAAAGAGGUGAAGAUAUGGGAAAGAGAGGAAGAGGUGGUAGCGGAUAUCUUGGAGGUGUGAAAGGAGCGGCAAAUACGCCGUCGAAGUUCCAAAAGACGGUCUCACUCAGAGAAGAAGCGACCGGCAAGAAGCAAACAAAGGGAGGAGGGUCCACCAACGUCAAAUCUGCAUUGAAACACGAGCACUUGCAAAACCUAGCUGUAUGGGCUUGUGGCGAAGCCUCAAUCCCUUCUUUGGCUUCUUUUUUUGGGCACGGAUUGGCCACUGAUGGAGAAGCUUCGGCAAUCCCCCAAGAUCCUUCUUUAUUUCCUUGCCAGAGAUGUGAGACGAUUCUUCAGCCUGGCUUUAAUUGCACUGUUCGCAUUGAAAAGAAUCGAGCAAAUGCAAGGCAUAGACGUAAGAAACCUCAUAUUUCGACACAGAAUACCGUGGUCUACAACUGCCACUUCUGUUUGCAUCGGAAUCUAAAACGAGGGACUCCAGAGGGCCACAUGAAAGAAAUCUACCCUCCCAAGUUAAAAACAUUAUCUUCGACACCCAAAGUUGUCAAGUCUAGAAAUUUGAAGCCUAUUAUCAGUUCAGGUGAAGAAACAAGCAAAGAUGAUAUUGAUGAGAUAAUUGUAACAAGAUCACCUGCAGUGGCUGGUGUUGAAAAUCCGAACACAGAUGCUCUUGUGUCUCCAAUUCGAGAUAGGACUUUGUUGGAUUUGAAAAAGAGAAAUAGGAACAAAUCCCGGUCGAAAAAACCGGUUGCACAUGAAAACAAUCCGAUGACACCUGAUGUGGAAAAAACAGUGGGUGCUUCAGGUAAAAGGAGGAGGAAAUCUUGGAUGAGCCUUAGUGAAAUUGUUGCGAGUAAGGACUUGUAAUUCUAGACUCCCGUUCUUUGUUGUAAAUUUGAUAUUUAUCCUUUAUU